AUGCCCGCAUGUUUUAUCUCUUUCCAAUCCCAGCCCUGGAUCCUGUUUGACUCCUCGCUCAACCCUUGUUGCGGUGCACAAGAGACCUCCCCAGCUGACCUGUUUCGCUCGCAGUUCGACCCAGAUUUCCAAACGCCUCUGAUACUAGGCGAGUCGUUGGAUCUCUCGGAUUCUGAAGAGUCACAGUUUGUCGGUGCGUUUUCAGACGGCCUGUGGGCCAAGUCUGAGCCCAUUCUGUCCAUGUCUGCUUUUCAAAAGCCCACCGCAGGCGCCAUACUAGAUUACGGUUCCACUCGAUCUUUGCAUGAUGCCGCGUCUUACUCGGCUUACGGUCAAUCGCCUUAUGUGACCACCCCGUUCGUGCCUUCCCCCAUGGCUGACCAAGCAAGCCAAAUCUCGGAUUGUGUUCCAUACAUGCCCAACAAUGAGUACGCUAGCUCGUACGAAGAGGCCCAAUCACCCAUGUUGGGCGCUCGUCAGCGCCAGAUCCCCGAGGUAGUGACCUACAGCCCGCAACGCGGAGCAGAGGGAGCGAGAGUCACAGUGCAGAUUCAAACGCCAUACGACUUGCACAAUUCGACCUAUGCCAACUUGUACUUGGUAUUCGGCACCAAGAAGUGUGAAUGUAUCCCGACUUUCCACGGCUUCGAGGGCUCCGUCUUCCAAUACCGACUCUCAGUCCAUGCACCUGGAUUUAUGAUCACUGGCUCCCCAUCCCUCGCAGUUCCCCUGUCCGUCUCGAUGGAGACACACGAUGACUCUCCCGCCACUAUCCUCCAGGUCGGCGUUUACACAUACGAGCAGGCGGCCCAGUCACCACCUGUGGAUUCCCGCAAGCGCAAGUUCUCCUACUCCGACGUCCCCGUUGUAAAUACCAAGCGUCACAACGGAACCUCGAUCAAAGUUGAGCAACAGCACGACGGCUACCACAGCCGUUCUGUGUCUGCAUCCUACUCGCCUUACCUACAGCCUCUUCCCGCCAUGUCUGGCUUUGUUGCUCCCUUCCACGCUGGAUCCUCGCCUCAACUUGGCUCUGCUCAAUACUCCUCCGUAUCCGCCACUCCCCAACCUGGUUUGCGUGCUCCAUCCCCUUUGACACCUGCCUGGAGCCCCAACUAUCUUCCCUUGAGCAACGAAGGUCGCAACCCGGGAAUGCCCAUGCCGCAACAGAAGGGUCCACAGCGUGCCAAUGGUACCCCGACUUUGAUUCGCACCUCCACCAUGCAGACGAGUACGAUUUCGCAGAACCCUCAAUUCAACCCCUAUGCCAUGUACCCUUCCAAGGCUGUUCUCAAGCUCAACGGUGAUUUGGAUAGCAUGACCCAAGGUUGGUCGAAGGAGGAGCGCCACUGCCAACGUCGACUGGUUCAAUUCACCCGCUCCCAGACUGGUAGCACCAUUGUCGGAGAUUUUAAGGCUGUUACUCCUGAAGAUCGCGCCCCCAACAGCAUUUGCAUCAGCUGUAUCUCUUGGGAGGGUAAGAGCGAGUGCUACGUCACCAGCGUCGAUACCAUCUACUUGCUCGAAUCUUUAGUCGCCGUCCGUUUCACUGUUGAAGAAAAGAACCGCAUUCGCCGCAACUUGGAGGGUUUCCGUCCUCUGACCGUCUCCAAGGCCAAGGCCGACAGCGAAGAAUUCUUCAAGGUCAUCAUGGGCUUCCCAGCCCCCAAGCCCCGCAACAUCGAGAAGGACGUCAAAGUCUUCCCAUGGAAGAUUCUCAGCUCAGCAUUGAAGAAAAUCAUUGGGAAAUACUCCGCAAGCUACUCCUCCACAGCCAGCGCACUCCCCAACCCAAUGCCCAGCUACCCCAGCCACAUGGGCUCCGACUCAGGCGCCGAGUCCCACGCGAUCAACUCCCCCCAAUCCAUCUCCGACUCUGGCGCGCCAAACUCAUACACCCCAUCCUUGGCGCCCACCUACUCUCAGCCUGAUCGAGCCACUGUCCACAUGUCCUCAGCCCCCGAUCCCCGGAACAUGAUUGCAGUGACGCAACCCUAUUCCUCCGUCGGCGCAUACGCAUAUCCCGCCAUGUGUCAUCCGCAGAUGGCGCAAGGACUCCCAGCCCCUGCUCCCCGCCCGGCAUGGGACAUGCACGCCCUCAACACAAGCGCACCCCACACAGGUGCGCCGGCUAACGGGGCCUGCUACAGCUACAUGGAUCCGGUGUACAACAUGCACGACACAACACAUGGCCAUUGA